ACAGUUUAACCAUGGUGUAACAGAACCGAAAAUAUCAAGAUUGGAAUCGGUUUUCGUUUACGACGUAAACCGAAGUUGAAAAAUUAAAUAAACAUAACGAUCUUUUGUCUGAAAGCUCAACAUAAUGGCGACACUUCUUGGAAACGACGUUACAAAAACGUGUCUUUUGUGUUAUGUACAUUUUGAUUUUUUACACGAAAUGUGACGUGAUAAAAAGAAGUGUUGGUUAUCUAAGCAGGAUGUAUUGGACACGAGUGUAAAUAAAUUUAUAGGUGGCAAAAUUAAGUCUUGGAGUAAACGUUCUCAACACUGAAUUUCUAUUUCGGAUUUGAGAACGACAAAGAGUUAUUUGGGACCAUUGAAAUGAAUUGGCAUCUAAUUUGGGCGGUUGAGAGCUAAAUAUUUGUACAAAAACUCCCUUUAUGUGUUUUUUCACAUCAAGUUAAUAUCAACCCUGCGGUGGAGAGGUAAAACAUUAAUUGGUUUUGAGUGUAUAACAUUUAGCUUUAACUGCUAAAAAACUGUGUUAGUUUUACUUGCAUGCACUUUGGCAUAAAAACGAGACACUUCAGCUAGAUAAAUAAAUCAAUCAAAGCAACUUUUUAUGUUUACAAGUGUAUAGAAUUAGUCAUUUGGUAUUUAUUUGUGAAGCGUUAGUGAAAUAUGCGUAUGUUAAUGGAACGAAUCCUCAUAUAAACGAGAAGGUAUAUAAAACUACAAAAUUGUUCAUAUAAUGUUACAGAAAGAUUUUUUUGUUUGUUUUGUUUUGGAAUUAUUGUUUUGGCGACGACUCUAUUUUUAUCUCCUUCUUUUAUCUCCUUCUUAGCGGAGUUUUCUUUUUUUACUGAAGCGAUUACAAAAUAGUCUUGAUAGCUACAUCUUAAUGCUCGAAGGAGAACAUAUUAGCGAGUCCAUGAAAUUAUUUUUCGUUUUGUACAAUAGCUACAAACUUUAUUUCUAGCCAGCUAAAAGAAGAUGUAUAAACAUAAGGUGUCAUACGAGAAAGGUAGCUAGCUGUAUUUGAUCACAGUGUUUUAACAUUGAGAUCAAGAAAACGUAAGCUGUGACAAAUACGCUCUUUUUCGUGGGCAAAUAGAUGCUAGCAAAUGUCGAGUUAUGAUGUGAGUUUUAAAUUAAACUUUGUGUCAUUUCUAGCUGGUUGGUUCAUCUGUCUGUUGUAAUAUAACUACAAUACAAAUAUCAUAUUACAUUUUUGUGAAACUAUUACACACAGUUGCGCAGCAUUCCGGUCUGCAGAUUUGAUGUUUGUUUUCAGGUAACAGUUACAACUAAAAUAAUACAAAUUAAACUUAUUACACGUUUUUUUUUGUAAGCUACACAUGGAUAAAAUCUUCAAGAAACAAAACGAUAUGUGAAGAACAAUCAGCUUCGGCCAAAAUUUUGUGUUGCUUAUAAAGAAGCAUACAUCGGUUAGAUUAUAAUUUCAUUUGUGUUUAUAACUUUCCCAAUACUUUUAAAACAGUUUUAGCUACUCUAAUUUUCGUGGAUAUUUACACCAAUUCAUUUCAAUUACGUGCAAUCAUAGAGCAUAUGUACAUCAUUACAUUCGUUAAUGAGAGAUUUUUAGAAUGGCUUUGUAUUCCUUAAAUACUUUAAAUUGUUCUUAAUUUUUUAAUUUGAUAUCCAUCGUUGUGUUAAUUAAAAUAAUAAAUGAUUUGUCAAGAACAGAUUUCAGUUGACGCAGAUUGUAUCAGUGUGUGUCACAUCUUGUCUACGAAUAUACCACAGAUAAAUGUAAGUUUUUGACUUAUAACUUUUUGUAAAUAAAAAAAAAUAAAAAAAUAUAAAAGGAUUGAUUGCAGCGUAAAAGCAUAGGAUAAAACUGUUAAAAAACCUUCAAGUCUUUUUUUUUUACUUUGAUUGGCUUUAGAUCUUUUGUUGAAGUAAAGCCUUUAUUGAUUGUAUAUUAUCUGGGAUUUUUUUUUAUCUUUAUUAUUAAUACUUCCUUAUUUUGUUCUAUUCUUUUGUAACAUCUACACAUGGUGAUUCCCAUCUUCACUUACUUACACAUUUUUCGCAACCCCGGAAGAAUUAAAGUUGAAUGGAAUUAAAUGAAUUCCUUCCAACAUCAUCAUCAAGCGUCUCAGUGCAUUGAUUUGAAAGCAAUGUUGGCAUAACUUGCAAAAAUAUCAGGUUAACCUUGUUUUAAGGAAAAGCUUCUUAAGCAAUUUCCAUCUGCAAUUUGGUUAUCAUAAUGUCAUUUAGAGACGUAGAAUGCUACAAUCAAUCAACUUUCUAUUUGUUCAACUUUAGAUGCACAUAUAUAAACACACAAAUUUAGAAUUAUACAAUCGAAUAAGUCUUAGAGGGUAGAGCAUAGAUAUUGUGUUAGAUUGGUUAAAACAGUUAGUUCUUGAUUAACGGUUUGUGCACUGAUCUAAAUAGUCUCGAGGAUUUUUAUCUAACAAAUUUUAACUGUCAAUCAUCAUCAGUAUUACUGCACAGUCGCUGUAAGCUAAUUAAUAUGGAUUUUUGUGAACAAACGUCUAAGAACUUAUAUUCCCUUUUAAUUGAUAAGAGAAGGGAAAGAUAAUGUAAGUACAAUGUAAGUAGAACUUUUGCGGAUUUUCAGUGAAAUGUGCGCAGCAAUCUAUGCGAUGUUGGUAGCUAAAAGUAGCUACAAACGAAUUCCUAGUAGACUUCCCAUGGUUGAAGUCGCGUUUUAACAGAUUUACGGCUAGUACUACUUGUUGUUCUAAAAUAAGGAAUGAUGUUUGUGCUUGUAAUUACACUUUUGGUUAUCAAUAGUAAGGCUUCCUGCAAUGAGACGUACACAAUAAACCUAAUUGGAGAAUCAUCAAUGCAAUUAAAAACUAAUUUUGGUAUAGUAAUCGAGCAUAAUAAAAAAAGGGAAAUAGAUCGUGCUGUUUGAACAUGAUUUAAACAAAUUUAUUUUUAAAAGGAAUAAUAUUUUUUAAAACUGAAAAAAACUGGAUGAAGUGGGAAAGUUUUUUUUCAAGUCAAACUUUUUAUGGCAGUAACAUUUCGUUGUUUUUAAUUUGAAAGUAACUAUUGCAUGUAGUAACAUAAAAUUUUUUGAUAUACCACGUGUUUAAUAUUUUUUUUUGUAUUUUUUCUCAAAUUCAUGUUUGUGUUUUAUGUGUAAGCUGACGUAAGCUAUUGAUCACUUGACAGGGAUUAUGGAAAUGGUUAUUAGGAGAUGACAGAUCAAGUUUUAACGCUUCUUGAUUCGCUUCUCUGUGAUGUUGAAAGGUUUUUCGCAUUACUUAUGAGUGGUACUGACUUAUUUAACUUAAUGGAUAAAUACACAGAUAAACAAGACGUGAAAGCGAAUUGCUGCUGUUUUAAAUGAUUAUUUAUUGGUGGAAAAAAAGGUUACUCUUUAUACUGACACUCUUAAAUUUUCCCUAUUAAUCGUUUAUCUGUUAUUCAUCUUUUUCUUACUUUCGAUCUCUCAGUUCCUUAUUUUUCUUAUCUCAAGAAGUCAUGUGAGCUAAACAUUGCUGAAAGUUGUUUUAAAACAAUUUUGUUUGGAUGCAGCAAUUUAAAAGCAGUUUCAUGAUUUCAGAUAGCUUGAGAAAGUCUAAUAGCAGUACAGUAAUAUAAUAAUAUUUUCUGAAUAUAUAGCUAAAUCUGUAUAUUUGAGUUUAAUGACCAGCUAAUCCAUCAUCUGGGAAGUUGACGUUCAGGUUUGGUAUACUUAUUAUUAUUUCUCCCAUUGAUCUUACGUUAUACUUUUAAAUCCAUGACUUUCACAAAGAAUAAACAGUUAUUUAACUUCAUUUUCAUUGCAAGAUUAACGCAACACACAAACUUCUGGUGUCUGCUUAGGGUGCUAACCAAUACAGGUAUAUAAACCCGCUGAAGUUGCUUGGAUACGUAGAUAAGAAUACACUUAUGUUUUAAUCCAAGUUCAAAUGAAGUUUAAAGAAGUUACAUCUCGUUUUUAGACCGACUCGUGGCCUUGUAGUAGAGCAGUGCGAAAGGUCUUGGGUUCAAAUCCCGGUCGAGUCAUGCCAGAGACUAUAAAAGUGUGAAUCGAUCCUUUCUGCUUAACGUUCAGCAUGAAAAUAGGCGGUUAUCUAGUUGAGCGGCUGUUGUGCUGGCGCGCCUUCCGUAGCACUAGGACCCAUUUUGCAGGACCCUCAUUGAUAACAGCUCUAUUAGGAAUUAAAGAGGCUAUCCUGGCCCAAUUUAAGUCUCGUGAUGCUUAAUGGUGGUAAGGUCUAAUUGAGUGUCACUUUUUUUAUGAUUCUUUUUAGCCUAGUGGAAAUAUGUUAGGCAGCUAUUGCUUUUCUAAAUUAUACAUUUAUUUAAAAAGGGCUGAAAAAAUAACCCGAACUCAGUAUUAAAUUCUUUUUUCAAUUAAAAAAAAUAUACACCGUGCAGACAAAGUGUUCUCCAGUGUUUUUAGCCUCACUCCAGUGUAUACAGGAUUUGAAACAAGUAUAUGACGAUAUAGUGGGCAGCACUUAGAAAAAGAUAUCCAAGAAAAAUAUUUUGCUAAUUUAUGUUCACAUUUUCCCACUUUGCAAUUGUCAUGUGCGUCACGGAUUAAACUGAAGCACACGCAUACCGUGGGCGCAAGUUGAGAAAACUCGACCUUGUGGUUUUAAUAGUAAACAUUUUAAGAUAUGGCUUAAGUACAAAACUAACUUGAAUAAUCUGUUAAAAGAAUUAAGCUGCGUGCAAAUCUAUUAUGUUUUUAACAGCUGAUGUGACAUAUCGAGACAUAUCGAGACAGGUGACAAUCUAUGAAGGAACAAUCUUUACAAAAUACUUGAGGGAGUAGUUUAAAUGAUAUCUGUGAAAUAAAAAGACAUAAAAAGAUGUGAAAAUUACACUUACGUAUAGUUGAGCAAUACAGAAAUAAUGGAAGAGAGAACAGAUGGAAGAUAUUACAAGCCAAUGCUACUGAGACUACAAAUUCUUAACUGAUUGACAUUUUACCAAAGGAACAUGAAACUACAAUUUCUAUGUCCUAAUUAGUGGGUAAUGUUUUCCUUUUCGGUUGUUCCGUCCAUAUAUUGAACUAACAAAAAUAACAUCUGAACUUCCUCUUCGAAAGCGGAAUUGUUUUGGUACAACAAAAGAAGGAUAGGUAAAAAGCAUGAUGCAGGUGUUGCGUGGAAAAUUUCAACUAUAUCAACGUACGUAAUGCCAUGCAUAUAUGACUAUGGGGUGGUAUUCAUGAUCUGAUUGGACCGCAAAUUCAUGAUCUGAUUGGACAACAAAUUCAUGAUCUGAUUGGACAAAGAAUACCGGGUGAUUGAGGAAAAUAAACGCGACAUUAUAUUUAAUUGUUUAUUUUAUCUUCUUAUCAUGGAUGAAAUGUUUUCAUUGUGCAGAAGUGUGAAAGUAAAAGAUAUAUAUUCUUUCUUAUUAUUUUUCAUUUGAUUCAAAAAGAAAUGCGUGGGAGCUGAAGUUUGAUGAAAAGUUAUAAUUUUCUGUUUUAUUCCAUUUUUCUGACAAAAGUAUAAAUAUAAACACGACGAAAAAAUAGAAAAGAAAAUGAAGGAAAAAUAAAGAAAAAAAAUAAAAACGCUAUAUAUUUUGUUAAGAAGUAUUUCGUUUCCAUGCAGAGAAAAAUGAAGUAACUUCAGCUCCAUUUUACACUGUGUUUUUAAGUAAAGUCUUCUAUUUUAUCUUUUUCUUGCCUUGGUGAAUAAAAUGGUGAAGAGGAUAAUAUAACAUUUCAUUAAGUUAUAUUUCAAAAUGUUUGAAAAGAAUAUUUACGUCUUUUACAGCGACACCACGUAUUACGUAUUGCUAGGGAACUGGAUCUAGUGUAACAAAGUAUAUUGCAGGAUUUCGGCUAAAUUUGCAUGGCGUUUACCUUGAAGAAGAUUUAUCCAAGAAAAUCCAUUUAUUUGUGAAAAACACUUGUCUUCGUAAAUAUAUAACGUUUUUUGAUCAAAACAGAAACCACCGCAGAUGUUUUUCACAAAUUGUUGUUUUUUUUACUUCUUUAAAACCUUUAUUUAUUAUAUUUAUUCUUAUUUUUUAUUGUCGCGUUCAUACAUUAGUUCUACAAAAGAGUAUAAACUUUGUUUUAAAUUUAGAAGUGUGUUUUUCUCAAAUAAAACAGCGACUGUUUGUUUUGGAUGUUGUAAAAUAAAAAUAUGCCAGUGUAAACAAGAUCUUAUUUGCUCCUGCACUGAAAAAACUCGAUCUUGCUCUCCUCAAAGAUAAGAAAAUAGUGAUUAAAAGCUAUUUGGUUACGAGCUUUGAAUCAUUACGAUCAUCUUAAUAAUGACUCGAUCGACCAUACAAGAUAAAAGGUAUUGUUUACCUCCAGCAAAGGGACUAAAAAAAUACGAAGAUAAAUUUCCAGAGGACACGGCAUAUCGGCCAAGAAUUCCGUCGUGUCCAGCAGUGUUGCCGUCAUAUAUAAAUCGCGACUUUUUGCAAGAAUUCGAAGAUACGCUAGCAAAAGUACGUGAAGAAACAUUUGCAGAAUUAAACGCCGAAAACAAAGUCGGUAAUAAAGUGCAACGUCGGCAUUCUUGGAGUGUCGGCACGGAAAAUGCAAGAAACAGAAACAUUGAAAACAAUAAGACCAACUUAAUAUUGCAACGAAAAAUAAGUGGAGAGUCAAGACGUAGUAGCGUAGCGAGUGUGCCUGAAGUGAUUGAAGAAUGCUCAAGUGAUGAAGAAAUGAGUCAUGAAUCCACUGAAGAUUACGAUUACAUGCAUUGUUUGAACUGCAGUCGCUCAAGUUCUACCAGCUCACUCGAGAACACUGAAACACAUAACAUACAAUAUUGUUAUAAAUGCAAACAUUUGUAUCAAGCAAAAAAUAACUUUGCUUCCACAUACAAAGAAGGGAGACGCUCCUCCUGGGGUGGUGAGAGUACGCAAACUAGUUCUCCGAGACGGUCAAGAAGAAGCAGUUUGACGGACAGUACGGACUUACCAAUUAUUGCUGAACCAUUUACUGACGAGGAGACAAAUGACACGGCUGAUUUAAAAAAGCUUGUGGAACUAGAUAUUAAUAAGCUCUUGAAAUUUAACAGGGGUGUGGAUAUGAGAUGAGAAUCUUGUUUUAUUGUUAUAUUUUUAUCCAUUCUUUUUCGAUAAUUUGUUUUUUAAAGUUUUAUGUUUAAAGCAAAAUUAUUUCUCUAAAGUCGAUUUUUGUUGCAUUUAAAUUUAAUUUGCGAAAGGUGUUGGAGAAAUUGGAAACAGUAAAGUCAGUUCUAAAUUACAUUUUGUUCACCUUCUUUUAAUAUUCUAUUUGUGGACAUUGCUUGUACCUUGUAUUUUCAUUUUUUUCUUUUUUUAUUGCUAUAUAUUUACCGCCUAAAUUUACUUCAAAAUAAUUAUUUUUUUAUGUAAAUAAAGAUUUAUGGAAUUGUAUAUAUGAGUUUACAAAUUUAAAGUUCAGUUCUUCAAUCCAAAUUAAUGAAUGAAUGUAAAUAUUGUCUUAUUUUAUUUCCAAAUCUUUUUUCUGAUUUGUUGUUGCACAAUGCUCAUUUGGAUUUGAGUAAAACCAAGAUUAAGUUGAACUGCUCAGUAUGACAAUGAAUCUUUUUUAUUACGCUUUUUGUGUAUAUUUUACUUAAACGACAGACAU